AUGGCCCACAGGCCGCGGGAAGUACUUUCCAAGGUCGAACGUGGUGCGCCUAGAGAGCUCAAGGCCGACAAAGGCGUGGCCGUCGUGCCAGCGGACAAGAAGCGCUCCACGGCUGUUUUGGACAGGAUAGACUACCUUCAAAAAGCCAAAGGUUUACUGGAGGACCGACAGUUCUAUGUCCCAUGUGCAACGAACCCUUUAAAGACGCUGACACGCGAACGUAAUGCUACGUUGUUGGCCUUGGAGAACUCGGGUGCAAUAACACCGACCGAAAGACGCAUGGCUAGACCCCAAGAUACAGAUUUGGCCCGAUUCUAUGGCCUCCCUAAGGUGCACAAAGACGGCGCUCCUCUCCGACCCAUCGUGUCGCUCAAAGGUACUCCAACGUACGGGCUGGCUAAGUGGUUGUUCAGGCGUCUCAAGUUCCUGACCGCUGAGUCAGACACCAUGGUCUCUUCUCAGCACAAUUCCUGGAGAAACUCGAAGGCGUAAGCCUCCAUCCAAAUGAGGUCAUGAUAUCUUCUGAUGUUACGUCCCUUUCUACUUAUAUUCCUCAGGAUCUGGCGAUCGAGACAAUUAGGCUGCCUCUACAAAGCAAAUACGAUGAAACGGAGAAUCGUCUUGUACACGCCCAAGUCCUUCAGCUCCUGAAGUUCUGUCUUAGGACGUGCUUCCCGUUCUACGGGACAAUCUACGAACAGGUGAAGGGCACACCAAUGGGUUCCCCGAUUUCGGGAUUCAUCGCCGAGACUGUCCUGCAACGGUUGGAGUCGCUAGUUUUCCAAGACCACACACUGAAGUUUUGGGUCCGGUAUGUGCAUGAUACCUUCAUCGUUAUCGAUCACGAUCAACUGCUGACAUUCAAAGAACGUCUCAUUUCGGUCCUCCCGAACAUACCAUUUACGAUGGAGGAGGAAGAGAACAACCAGCUGGCCUUCCUAAAUGUCCUCGUAUGCCGCAAAGAUUGCGGUGGCCUAAAGACCAAAGUGUGGGGGGAAGCGACAAAUACGACGUAA